UCAUCCACUGCAGAGGAGGGAACCCAACCUCCCCACAGCACCCAGACCAUCGCUGGACAAACACGACUGCCAUGAGUAACCUGCUGCUGCUUUCUGCCCUUUUCCUACAUUUUCUCCAACAAGGAAGCACCAGCAAGAAAUUACCUGGAGUUGAGCAAUAUGAAAUAGUUUAUCCAUGGAAAUUGCACACAGUACAGAGAAGAGACACAGAAAGGCACAAAGAGAUCAAAUUGGAUGACACCAUGGAGUAUGGGAUCAAAGCCAAUGGAGAGGAAGUCAUCCUGCACCUACAGAAAAAUAAGCAUCUCUUAGCUCCAGACUACACUGAAACAAUUUACUCUGAGGAUGGCCAACAAAUAACAACAAGUCCUCAGAUCAAGGAUCACUGUUAUUAUGAAGGUUAUGUGCAGAAUGAUGCUGAUUCCAUAGCUGCCAUCAGUACUUGCAAAGGUCUGAGGGGCUAUUUUGAGACCCGUGGCCAGAAGUAUCUGAUUGAACCCUUGGGAACUUCAGACAGAGAUGAACAUGCAGUCUACAAGUAUGAGAAGCUCCAGCAGAAAUCCCUAAAAACCUGUGGGCUGAUCAAUAACACCUGGGAAGUGGAUUCAGAUGAUCCCAUCAAUGACAUCUUCAAAUCCAGCAACAGUCCAGAAAUGAAAGCAUACCUGAAAGCCAAAAAGUACCUGGAAGUUUACAUAGUUGCAGACAAUACUUUGUACAAGAAGUAUGAUGAAGAUGUUCAAACCAUAAGGCAAAGGAUAUUUGGAAUAGUCAAUUACAUCAACACGGUUUAUAAAGCCAUCAAUAUCUACGUGGCUUUAAUUGGCCUGGAAGUCUGGACAGAUGGGGACAAGUGUGAGCUGAGCCCUGCUUCAGGGUUCACCCUGGACCGAUUCUCCAAGUGGCGCCUCUCGGAUUUGCUGAAGAGGAAAAGAAAUGACAACGCUCAGCUCAUCACAGGCUAUGGCUUUGAGGGGACAACGAUUGGAUUAGCCUUUCUAAAAUCCAUAUGCAGUGACAUAUAUUCUGCAGGUAUUAUUCAGGACCACAACAGAAAUGAAAUUGCAGUUGCAGCCACCAUGGCACAUGAGAUGGGGCACAACCUGGGCAUGAGCCACGACACUGAAGCCUGUUCCUGCAGUGACCCAGUUUGUGUCAUGACUGACACUGUCAGUUCUUUCAUCCCCAAGAAAUUCAGCUCUUGCAGCCUCCAGAGUUUUGAGAAAUACAUGCUGAGUGAGAUGCCACAAUGCUUAACCAACAUCCCAGAGAGCAGCAGCAUCAUAGCUCCUCCAGCCUGUGGGAAUGGCUUUGUGGAAAGAGGAGAGGAAUGUGACUGUGGCACUGCUGAGGAAUGCACCAACGAGUGCUGCGAGCCCGAGACCUGCAGGCUGACAGCAGGAGCCCUGUGUGCACAUGGGGAGUGCUGUGAAAACUGCCAAUUUAAAAAAUCAGGUGCUGUUUGCCGAGCUGCAAAACAUGACUGUGACCUGGCUGAGAUGUGCUCUGGAUUUUCUGCCAACUGCCCAGCGGAUCGGUUCCGUGUCAAUGGCCACCCCUGCAGCUAUGGGGAAGGUUACUGCUACAUGGGAGCCUGUCCCACCAGGGAAAGCCAGUGCCAAGCUGCCUUUGGACCACAGGCUAAAGAAGGUGCAGCCUCCUGUUACAAGGUGAACAAGAGAGGGCUGUACUAUGGAUACUGCAGAAAAGAAAAAGGUAGUCACGUCCCAUGUCAAGAAAAAGAUAUAAUGUGUGGAAAAUUGUUCUGUACUGGGGGGAAGGAGAUGCCUCGGGAUGGGAGCAUGGUGGCUUUUGAUUCCUGCAAAGCAAGUUUUCCUAGGAAUGGUGAAGAAGAUCCAGGGAUGAUUCUCGAUGGAACAAAGUGUGGGAAUGGGAUGGUGUGCAGCAAUGGAGAAUGUGUCCAUGUUGAAGAUGUCUUUCGAUCAACCAACUGCUCAGCCAAGUGUCCUGGACAUGCUGUGUGUGACCACGAGCUGCAAUGCCAGUGUGAAGAAGGAUGGGCCCCCCCAAGCUGUGAGACCCCCUCAGCAGUCACCAGCUUUGCUAUUGUUGCUGGUGUCCUGGUUGUCCUGGCUGUCACAGCAGCUGCAGCAGUGCUACUGAUCCGCUUCCGAGUCUUUGAGAAGAGAUGCCAGACCAGAAGGGGACCUGGAGCCACAAACCAAGUCUUUGUGGACCAAGAACAACACUGCAAAGAGCACCCUGUCCUGGUGGGACCUGCCCAAAAGACAAAUGGCAAGAAACUUCUCCUUCCUGUGCCUCCUCUGCAGGAGAACAAACCCCAGCUCUGGAGUGUAAGUAUGCCUGCCAUGAGGCCAAAAGGUCCCCCACCUCCUGUUCCUCCAACCAAACCAACCUCUUCUCACACAGUGGAGAUUUUUGCACCAGAGAGAAAACCUGCUCAUCCCCCUGUUCCAAAAGGGAAACCUCCACCUCCUCCUCCCCCAAAGGCUUUAAAACCUCCAAGUAACCCCAGAGUGUGAAGCCUCUGAAGCAGGGCUGACCAAGACACCUGAAAUUUUUCAGGGACAAUCUGUUUGCCCCUUGAUUCCUCUACUUUUGGCAAAGGCACCCAAGACAAACUCCUGUUUUCAUUAAAAAAAAAAAAAA